GGUCUGCCUGGCUUUUCUUUAUUAGUGGAUGAACUUUGUGACCAUUAUUUUGGCUGCCCAAAGACCUGUGGUUCUCGUUUCUUAUCGUUGGUUUAGAUAGUGAAUUUGCACUCUAUACAGGUGCGUUUAUGUCCCUGUAGUUCUUUCUGUAUAAAAAAGAAAGUGAUAUGGAGAUAUCAGUGUUGGUUUUCAUUUCAGAAAAUAUUGCCAAUAACACUUGAAAGCUUGGUUCCAGCCCUGUCGUGUAUCGUUCUUGGACAAUGUCUUGGACCAUCUCCAGUCUUCCUCUUAGCAUUUCCAAAUCAUCUUUACUCCUAGUCCCAACCAGCACCAUACACCAGCUUGGCAAUAUCAAUGGCCAUGAAAGGUGGAAGCAAGGUAUAUAGAAGGCAGCAGUUUAAAAUUGAGUGUAUAAAAUUGGUAUUAAUAUUUGAUAUAUCAAUAUUUUUACUGUAUUUAUAUUUGAAUUCAUUACAGGACUUAGUUUCCCUAUAUUGGUUAAAAAAAGAGGUCACCUUUAAACCAAAGAGCUGAAGAAAUGCUUAAAACCAUAAAGGUGUCUGCCUUCCUCACUCUUCACUCCUUUUAUUCAGAAUUGUGGGAGGCACCUCAGUGAAGAGAUGGACCAGUGUGUAUAAUCAUGGAGUCUCCUUGCUGACAUCACCACCCGCUCUCCUUGAUAAGUGAGAGUGGUCGGGGAGAAGGAAAAGAGGUCAACAUGAAGCUAAAGCAGCGAGUCGUGCUGUUAGCAAUUCUCCUUGUCAUCUUUAUCUUCACCAAAGUUUUCCUGAUUGACAACUUAGAUACGUCAGCUGCCAACCGGGAGGACCAGAGGGCCUUUCACCGAAUGAUGGCGGGCUUGCGGGUGGAGCUGGUGCCCAAGCUGGACCACACCUUGCAGUCUCCUUGGGAGAUUGCAGCCCAGUGGGUGGUUCCCCGGGAAGUGUACCCUGAAGAGACACCAGAGCUGGGAGCAAUCUUGCAUGCCAUGGCCACCAAGAAAAUCAUUAAAGCGGAUGUGGGUUAUAAAGGGACACAACUGAAAGCCUUACUGAUACUUGAAGGAGGACAGAAAGUUGUCUUCAAACCUAAGCGGUAUAACCGGGACUAUGUGGUAGAAGGGGAACCAUAUGCUGGUUAUGAUAGACACAAUGCAGAGGUGGCAGCCUUUCAUUUGGACAGGAUUCUAGGUUUCCGCCGAGCUCCCUUGGUGGUUGGCAGAUUUGUUAAUCUGAGGACAGAGAUCAAGCCUGUUGCCACGGAGCAGCUCUUGAGCACCUUCCUAACCGUAGGAAAUAAUACUUGUUUCUAUGGGAAGUGUUACUACUGCCGAGAAACAGAGCCAGCCUGUGCUGACGGAGACACGAUGGAGGGGUCUGUCACGCUUUGGCUUCCAGAUGUGUGGCCUCUACAGAAACACCGACACCCAUGGGGCAGGACUUACCGAGAGGGCAAAUUGGCCAGGUGGGAGUAUGAUGAGAGCUACUGCGAUGCUGUAAAGAAAACAUCUCCUUAUGACUCUGGCCCGCGCCUCUUGGACAUCAUUGAUACAGCUGUCUUUGAUUACCUGAUUGGCAAUGCUGACCGCCAUCACUAUGAGAGUUUCCAAGACGAUGAAGGCGCUAGUAUGCUCAUCCUUCUCGAUAAUGCCAAAAGCAUUCGUGUUUCCACCUGGAACAGACUGAACUCCUUGAAGAAUGGUGUGCUGAAGUCUGCCUUAAAAUCCGCCAUGGCCCACGACCCCAUCUCCCCAGUGCUCUCUGAUCCUCACCUGGACGCUGUGGACCAGCGGCUCCUGAGUAUCCUGGCCACCGUCAAGCAGUGCACUGACCAGUUUGGGAUGGACACUGUGUUGGUGGAAGACAGGAUGCCUCUCUCGCACUUGUAAUUCACCACAAAAUAAGUGAAACUGCUUUUUAUAAAGAUAGAGAAACAGCACAAUCAAUUCCAGAUGGUAUGAGAUGGAUUGGAAAUGGCCAGCAGCACAUUCUGGUAAUAGGGGAUAGGGUGGCCUUGGAUUUCUUUGGUGUUUGCUGUAGCAGAAGCUAAAGCAAAGACUUACAAGCUUCAGACCAUGGAACCGUACCUGCUGAACCACCUUCAGACUUCCUUGGCAUUUGCCCAUCCUAGCAGUGGGCAGCACAGUUGGUCAGUCUUAAUUUCUCAUGCCAAAGGAUGAAGAGAGGUGUGACAUUCAACUGGGUUAAUGCUGGGGUUGGUUCUGGAGUGUGUAUUUGGAGUUCAUCCUUAUGGUCCUUUUUCCACACUUGCGAUCUUCCAAAAACACUUUACAGUCUCUUGAGUCCUUUUUUCCAGGAUUAGUCAAAUUGGGGAUUUUACUGCUUCCUGGGGAGCGGCAGCAAGGAACCCGGCAUUCUGUUGAGCCAAAGUAGUAUGCUCUGUUGGAGGGACUAUGCUUUUAAGGUAGAAUUAGAAGGAAGGACAAAAGCAGGAAGGAUGUUUGGGCUUUUAAGUAAGAAGGUGGUAGUGCUUUUGAUGAUUCUUAAAGGAGAGAAGAAGAGAGAGAGACCUGCUUGGUAGAACCAGAAUCAAGGAGGUGAUUGAAUUAGUGAAAAACAGGUUCCGCUAUAUUUAAGUUCUUAACAUAUAUAAAAGCAAGCAUGACUUGUACCUAAGUAAGAGUUGCAUUCUCAUGGUUAUGUCCAAAUUAACCCAAAAAAAUUGUCUGUAGAGAACCUACUGUUACAACACAAGUACAAUUCUGUUAUGGAGGUUUACUUUCUUUUUUGCCCCAAACAGGCAAAUCCUUUGCAGAUUAACAAAGCAAACUGACAAUAACGCCUUGCGUAAGAGUUAGGUUGCCUGCGAUCCCUGCCAUUCUGAUUUCCAAAAUGAAUUUUCACUUUUGUCUUCAAGGUACUUAGUUGUUAAAGCUGUUGUUCCCAAGAGACUGGCGAUCCUAUUUGUGCCUUUCUUGGAGAAAAGCCAGCUCAUUCCUACAGCUAAUAGUUCACAUCCUGCUGGUGGCUGGACCUGUCUAGUGAUUUGGGCCACGCAGAAGGCUAGAAACACAGAUUUUAAGCCUUCUGAGCCUUAAAAUUAAGGUGGUUACCAGGAAGAGCCUUAAGAUUUUGAUUUAUGUCAUACCCUGUCUUGUUCUGAACCCCUGAGGUAGUGUUCUUCUGUCUUCUAUUAGCACUUUCAAAUAUCAGGUUGCUAAAACAGGCUUAGUUGUAUGUUCUGGCAAAGUGAUUUUGACAUGUAACCAGUUGCAUUAAAAUACAGGGCGAGGAGAGCUGGCCUGGUGGGUCCACUUGUGCGUCCUCAGAGCUGGAAGCUUCUCUCCUGCAUUUUGUCUGGGGACUCUUCGGGUUUUGACUUCUGUGAAGCAAAGACUAAUAUUUAAUUAAAGUGUGGUUGAACAAAUUUACUGCCAGCCACUGGAGACCAAUUUUAGGUAACCACCCUUUCAAAAAUGGUUUAGAAUUUGUGCUCUAAUUUUCUCAAAUUGAAAGUCCACUGAGUACCCAGUAACUACUUUAAAGUAACAUGAAAUUAGGGUACUUUUGUACUUAGUUUGUACAUUUGGAGAUGUACACAGAAUAGGCUUAUUUUUUAAAAGCUUUUGGAUUUAAGACAUAGCAGACAUAUCAAAACACUGAGCUAAUGUUAACAGGAAGAGGCACUGAUUUCAGUUUUAAAGUCAUGUACCAUGUGCAUCCAGGGAAGUACACAUUUGAGCUUGAGAAUACCUUGGAUGGUGCUCACCUCAAAGCAUCAGGGAGCCAGUAAGAAGGUAGUCAGUGCUGCUUUGCUUGAUAAAUGUUAGUUGAACUAAUUCUUUCAAACACAUGAUAUUGUUCUUUGGUAUGCCCCAGUGGAAUGAGUAAGAACUGUUCUCAAACUCGGAAACUUUAUUCAUAAUGCUGAAGGCAGAAGAUUCUGUUGAGGGAAAAUGCAGGAGGGAAGGCUGCUUUGAAAACGUCUCAUUCUUUUUUCCAAACACUGCUUCAUUCUCCUUCCCUAUUUUAAUAUCUUAAAAGGUGUUCAGAUGUAUAGUAGUUAAAGUUAGAAUUGUGCUAAGAGAGUGCUGUGAACUGAUGCUUAGAAUAUAAAUUUAUGUUCUAAGUCAAUACUGGAUUAAGCUGAGAAAAGUGUGUUUAGGUAAAUCUCAGAGAAAACCAACCAUAAGCUCUUAGUUCUAAAAUUCAUAAACACUAUAUUCUGAUUAAAAAAAUAGGUAGAUAUUGUUUUUUAAAGUUUUGUAACACUGUCCUUUUUAUGGUUUAUCUUUUGGAAUUGAGGGUUGUUAUAAUCAGGUCAUUGGAAGGGUUUUUGGUUAGUCUUUAAGUUGGGUAUGCCUAGUUAACAUCUAAAGAUAAACAUGGAUACAUUUCAAUCUUCUAAAACUAAGAAAAUCAGAACUGAGUAGCAUUUCUGCACUCCUUCUCCUGCUUUUUAAAUAUAUUUAUUCCAGAGUUUGCGGGAAUAUGGGUAUAGAGGUUUCAUCCUAAAAUUGUUCUUUAAUUUGAAGGUGUAUUAUUAGUUUGGGGUAAAUAAUUUUCUGUGCAAAACAAAUUAAUAGACAGGAUCUGACUUGCUCAGAGUAUUGCUUAAUAAUAUAUUAAUAAGGCAUUUCUCUGUAUUUGCUCUCAGGAUUAAUAUGUCAAAUGAAAUGUAAUAAGGAAAGGGAGAAUUCAGGUACAUCCAUUGUAUACUGUUUGGGGCAAAAUGAAUCCUCUACAUGGCCAAAUUUCAGUGUCACCUGAAAGCCACAUGUUCUUCCAAAGAAAUCCAUCUUUUCUUUCUUUCUUUUUUUUUUAAAAAAAGAGGCUUUUGGCCUUCCCCUCCUAUCCAGCAUGUUCCUUCACCCUCUCUUCUCCACAGCUUCCAUAUUCUCAUUUGACCAGUCCAUGACCACACCUCAAAUGAUGGUAAACAGCAGCUGUCAUUUUGUGAGCUUGGGCUUCAGGAAACAUGAGUCAAGGUAUAUGUAUGUAUAUAGUCAUAUAUGUAUUCUAACAAGAAAAUAUUUAUUUUCACACAGGGAAACACUGACUUAUGUUGCUGAAGAACCUGAAGCUAGUAAAAGGUUCUCAGUCUCUGAGCGUGAACCUAAGUGACAAAAAGACCAACCAUUCAGGAAACACCUACUGUGCUAGCCAGGGCCGGUGCCCGAGGCAGAUAGACCCGCCUCGUAAGACUGCUGUACAGCAGGGGAGGGCCAGUUUUCCUCCCUUCCACUCCUCAAGUCUGGGUUGAAAAGGUGGGGGCUGGAUACUAUACUGCCACAGGUUUUUAAGGAACUAAGGUGUUACUCAAAAAUACAAAAUGUUUAGGGGGGGAAUCUGGGAAUAAUUUACCGGGAAGUAAUUUAUUUGCUUAAGAGAGAGGUGUUAAGAACCACGACCCUCGGUUCUGAUCUGCCAAGGAUUUCCUCUCAGAGCUCUUGCACAAAUAGAGGUUGUGCUUGGUAAGACAUCAAACAAGACAGAUAUGCACCUAAAUUUCUAAUGUGUUCUAUGGGUUUCAAUUCUGAAAAAAAAGACAAUGAAUAAAGAUUUUAAUAAGUA